AUGUCUUCUCACUCUGUAACAAGCUACGAAGCAUAUUUCAAAAGAGGGAUUGCAUCAACGGAUUAUCGUGAUGAAGUCGAUGAUUAUCCUGUAUACGAUGAAAUAGACAUGAAGGAUUUUGAGUACAACAGCACAGACAAAACAUUCUACUAUCCAUGCCCUUGUGGCGAUAGAUUUGAGAUUUCUCUUGAUGAUUUGAGAAAUGGAGAGAUAAUAGCAAAGUGUCCGUCGUGCUCUCUAUUGAUACGCAUAGUUUACGAGCCUGAUGACUUGGAAAUGCAUGAAUAA